ACUAAAACUAAUGGAAAAGAAAAACGAAAUAUACGAAAUAGUAAUUGCAGUACUUUGGAUUACAAGAUUUUGAUUUUUGUUUUGGAUCUUCGUCUCUCUCGCGCCACUAAGCGUGUCACUAAACAGACUCCUUUUCACUCUCGUUCGAUACUCCUACUCUUUCCGCCGCUCGCGUUAUAAGAGAAGGUCAUGGAUUAGAUUGUGAAUAGAGACGGAGAAGCAUAACGAUGCUAUGGCUCAAUUGUGCGGCUCUAAUGGAAUUUCUAUUAAACUCGAAGGUGAAACUAAUGAUUCUUGUAGCUCUAAUGAGCUUGACCAUGUUCCGUUGAUGAGUCGGCGAAAAUUGUUAAUGAAAAAGAAGAUGAAUUCAUGCUGCGCUAACAAUAAUUCAAUUCCUCAUAUGAAUGUUGCUGUCAUAAAAAAGGAAGACGAGCACUGUGAUCCACAGGGCCUUUUCGCUCACGCUCCUGCUUCUCCUGUCAGCAAAGAAACAGAUCUGCAGUCAGUGCAAGAACAAUUGCAUGGAACUAAUGCUCCUUUGGAAGUCGAUUUUGUUGUUGCAUGGGAUAAAAUUCAGGUGGAUUAUGAUGCAUCUGAUAAGUGUUCACAAAAUUCCGGUGCUUGCCAGGAGCUAUCAGUGCAGGGAGGUUGUGACAGCCAUGGGACUAAUGUAGAUGGAAACGUUUCUUCAGAUAAGAGUUUGUUAGGAGGCAGCAUGAAUGGCUCCAUUGGUGCCGAUUUUCAAGGGCUGAAGCCCAAGAGUAAUAUUUCCAAUGACUUUACAGAUGAUCUUGAUCAUAUUGUACUGAAAGAGCGGCGUAAGAUGCUGCAAUCUAGGAAGAUGGAGAUGGAAAAGCCAAUUCUUAAGGAAAUGCCUAUUGAAAUAAACUCACGCGAUAGACUGGACAAUUUUCACGUGAGCGCGAAUAAUAUGUCUAGUUCAACUUUAUUGAACUUGGUCAAAGUGAAGGGUGAACCAGUGGAUAACGACGAAUUCCACAACCAAGACAUAAAUUCCUGUCAAGAGCGAAUUUCAGUAAAGAGCGGAAUGAUUUUUUUUUAUGAAAGCAAUAGGGACAAAGUAGACCACAUGCAAUUGCGGGAUCGGAUGAAGCUGCAGAUACCAAGAGAAGAUUUUAAUCUAAACGCUUCAGAGAAUUUUGAAUGCUUAAGAAAAGAUUUCCCUUCUUCUGUUGAGAAUGGCGCUGCUGUUAAGGAAGCUUCAAAUUGUGUUAGGAUCAACCGACCACGGAAAAGGAAGAAGACUGCCACGGAUUCAAUUGAAACGGCUAUGGAGGAAGAUGCUCCUGGGCUUCUGCAGGUGUUAAUUGAACAAGGGGUGUCAGUUGAUGAAAUUAAGCUCUAUGGAGAGAGAGAUAAUGAUGAACCUAUUGGUGAGUCAUUCAUUGAAGAUGGCUUUGCAGAGCUUGAAGCUGUGAUAUCAAAGAUAUUUUUUCAGCGCAAUUCAUUAUUAAAGUUCGCUCCUUUACACUGCACAAAGGGUUCAAAACCCACAUAUUGCUUGGCUUGUCUAUUCUCACUUGUGGAGCAGACACGAUAUUUGAGAUUUCGUAAUUGGCCUGCUGAAUGGGGUUGGUCUCGAGAUCUCCAGUCAUUUGUAUUUGUUUUUGAAAGGCAUAAAAGAAUAGUGCUGGAACGUCCUGAGUAUGGUUAUGCAACAUAUUUCUUUGAACUGGUUGACUCCUUACCAAUUGAUUGGCAGGUCAAACGGUUGGUGACUGCCAUGAAACUUACAAACUGUGGCAGGAUAUCCCUAAUUGAGAACAAAACAUUAGUGGUUGGUGAAGACUUAACAGAAGGCGAGGCACAGGUAUUAACGCAGUAUGGUUGGACACCAAAUAGCGGCAUAGGAACCAUGCUUAACUACCGUGACAGAGUUGUUCAUGACAGAAAGAAUGAGAAGGACAACUCAGAGUGGAGAUCAAAAAUCGGUAAAUUGCUGAUGGAUGGCUAUAACGGGGGAAGUAUAAUCUCAUCCAAUGUCGAGACAAGGAUUGUACAAUGUGGGGCUGCUGAAAGCCCUGAAAUUAAGAUGGAGCUCUAACCUAAGUCCCUUUUUCUGCGCAUCUCGUUGGUUGCAACAGAGGUAAAAGUGCUCUAAUUAGUCUUUAGUAUGACAUCGACAUGUGUAAAUCAUUAGAUAAGUAAUCAUUAGGGUUUUGUGCAGUUAAGUACACAAAUCAUACGAAUGUAUUGUUCUAUUGUUUGGAUGUAGGGUAAAAUUCCAAUGUGGAGGUUUUCCCUUUCUUUUUCAGGGACAAAUAGAGAUGUUAGGACAAGUUUCCUAAGAAUUAGGAUGAUUAUUAAUUAUAAUGGUUUUGUUGUGUGAGAAAUCAUUUUGUUAUAGAGAGUGGUUUCUUGUUGGGUCUGGAUAGACAUCAAUCUAGUCUCUUGAGAGAAUAAAACUUGCUCUAUGCUAAUUAUUGCCCUGUUUAAGAAAAAUUAUUCAGUAAUUGAUAUGUAGAUUCUGUUAAAUAUCA